AUGCUGUCGGCCAGGGGAAUCCGAAAUGUUUGCCCAAGGUGCAAUACAUCUUCUUUGACAGUGUCUUCCCGGUUUUACUCUAUUUCCAGUCCUUCACUUCGCACACGACGUAUUUCUCCAUUCCAAUACCCCCAGUCCAAUAGGAAUGCAGCAAUUACACAGGCCUUUUCAACGUCAAGAUAUUUGCGACAAGAAGGUCAAGCCGCGGGGCAGGCCUCGCCAGAAGAGAUUGAACAAAUUGUUCGGGAUGCCAAGCAGCGGUUUCGAGACACUUUGCCUAAAGGAUACUUGAAUGACGAAGAAUAUGCGGUAUACGAACGAUUGUACGGAGCGCCGUUGCGCGAGACGAGACCCGAAGAUGUUGGUAUUCCAGAACACGCGGAUAUGGGAUUUCAAGCACCACGACCGGAUAACGAGGGUACUCUACUACGACAGCUGGAGGGCGGGGAGUUCGAAGAGAUCACUUAUGAGAUUCCCAUCAACGCGGAUAUUGAGGAAUUGGACGAGACAGCACCAGAGCCCCAUUCAGCCGACUUCUCGGUUGAAGAAAUUGCGAAUCAGGUCCCAGACUAUGUCGAUUUAGUCGCCAGGAGCCAGCGGGAGUACGACGCACUGCAAAAACUCUCAGCGGACUUCAAGAACACACAACAACAGCAACAAGAGGCCGAAGAGGCCGCCGCCAGAGAGGAGGAGCUUGCAAGGGAGCAGCUAGAGGAAGAUGAACAGCCGUAUUGGCCCGAGGAGGACGAAUUGAGUGAAAGGACGUCUGGAGAGGCAGCCCGAUUCCAUCCUUUGUCUCUUGAGGGUCGCUUUUACGAUAGUCCUGUUGAGAUUUCCCUGCCAAGAGACGAGCUUGUUAUGCCGAUUCGGGAAUUGCUACAGCGAACUCAUAUCGAGCACGUUAAAACUGCAGCCGAGAGUGCAUUCGGUGGCGCAGGCCUUCCUCUGUCUCCCGCGACACCUGAAGCUAAGCGGAAUGGAAAUAUGCAUGGCGUCGGCCUUCCAGCUGACCAACGACACAUGACUGAGAUCGAAGGAGACGCUUUCCUGGCGGGUUUCAUGCCACCAGCCUAUGCUUCCGUAAUGGCUACUCUAAGGGAGGUUCGCAAGCGAGUUGGAAGCGAGUGGAUCCAGUCCAAACUCAAAGAUGGCAAUGGUAUUAGCGUUCUUGACGCAGGAUCUGGUGGUGCUGGCUUGAUUGCUUGGGACGAGAUUGUCCAAGCAGAAUGGGAUUUAUUAAAGGAGAGCGGUCAAGUAAAGAAAGACGAUCCUCCAGGCAAGCGAACAGUUAUUAUUGGAUCAGACCGUCUACGACAUCGCGCGAAGACCUUCCUCGAAAACACUACUUUCCUACCUAGGCUUCCGGAUUAUGAGCACUCAGGAGAGAUGAAGGGUGAACAUCUCGAUGCUGGUAGCCAGCCGCAAGCCCGCAAGAGUUAUGAUGUUAUUAUCGCCUCUCAUCUGUUCCUCAAAGAGGAGCAGGACCAUUACCGACAAGCUGUUCUUAACAACCUUUGGGCGCUAUUGAACAAAGAUGGUGGUGUGCUGAUCGUUCUGGAGAAGGCCCACCCUCGAGGAUUUGAAGCUGUGGCUCAUGUUCGAGAUACAGUUCUUAAACAAUUUCUUCUUCCUCAAUCUGGAAUGCCCGAACUUACCCCUGAGGACUUUAAUCCUGCUUAUCAGCGGGAAAAGGAGCCCGGAUAUGUUGUUGCUCCUUGUACCAAUCAAGGAUUAUGCCCCAUGUACCAGACGCCUGGUAAGAGCACUGGCCGCAAAGACUAUUGCCAUUUCAGUCAGCGGUUCGUUCGCCCUAUGUUCUACACCCGAAUGCUCGGAAACAGCUUGAACAACCAAGGCGAGGUUGAGUUCAGUUAUGUGGCUAUCAGACGUGGUGUUGCUAAGGAGCGCUCUAUAACCGACAAGGAGGCGACAAAACAAGCCUUCGAAGGAUACGAAAACUCUGACGAACAUCCCGAUAUGCAGAGCCUCCCACGAGCGAUCAUGCCUCCUUUGAAGCGAAAGGGCCAUGUUACUCUCGAUCUUUGCACACCAGAAGGCAAGCUCGAGCGAUGGACUGUCCCCAAGAGUUUCAGCAAGCUAGCAUACCACGAUGCUCGCAAGUCACGAUGGGGUGACCUCUGGGCCCUCGGAGCCAAGACGCGAGUCCAACGGAAUGUUCGUGCUGGUAAGGGACCCGACGACGGUGGCAAGCGAGCUGGACAGGGCAAGAAACCUAGAAAGGUCGAGAUUGUGAUGGGACCUGGUGGCAUCAGUGCCAACGAGAAGAACGCACCUCGCGAGCGUCGUGGAAGAAACAAGUUGGAUAAGAAGGGCCGCCUGAUUCAGGAGAUCCUGGAUGCGGAGGAAGAGGAGGAGAAAAUGAUUGCCAAGCAAUUGGAUGAGGAAGUAGAUGCUGAGCUUGAGGAUGACGCCCGAAGAGGAGGCCGACCCUAG